AUGUUGGUCAUGGAAGAGCGGCAGGAGCUGCUGCCCACGGCGCCCCUGCUGUUGGUGCUGAACGGAGCCGUGGUGACGUUGCUGCCCCCCGUGAGGGUGGGCUGCAUGGAGGAGAAGCUCGCGGGCGAGGCCAUGACCCCCGCGGGUUUGCUGCUGAUCACCGGCGACGAGCGGCACAUGAUGGUGAUGGCAUCUUCCUUGAAGAUCUCUCCGAGCAUGGUGACGAAGAUGAAGGCAUGGGAGACUAUGAACCCUACUCCCCGCCUCGCCGUGGAUGACCGUGACAACCAAGCGGGAGUGAAGCUACAUGUGCCAUCAUUCACGGGAAAAGAGGAUUCGGAUGCAUAUAUUGAGUGGGAAGAGAAGUGUGAUAAAAUCUUUCGCAUCCAUGGUUUUUCAGAAGCCAAGAGAGUUGAUCUUGCUGUUAUGGAGUUCUCUGGUUAUGCUCUUACAUGGUGGAAUCAGUUGCAAGACGAUCGGUUGUUGUCAGGCAAUAAUCAUAUCCGCAGCUGGAAUUUGAUGAAGGAAGUCAUGAGGCGCCGUUUUGUUCCAUCAUACUAUGAGAGGCAAUUGUACAAGCGGUUCCAGGGGCUCACUCAAGGUUCCCGCACUGUUGAGGAGUACUAUAAAGAGAUGGAGGUGCUGCUAAUUCGGACAAGAACCCGUGAAAGUGAUGAGGCGAAGAUGGCAAGAUUUUUACAUGGGCUGAAUGAUGAAAUAUCAGAUUUUGUGGAGAUGUUUCCUUAUGAUACAUUACAAGAUGUGGUACAUCAAGCUAUAAGAGUUGAGAAGAAGAAUAUGCGUAAUGGUCGUACUCGUGCUUUCCAAGGCCGCACCACCACGCGCUCAUGGCAGCGAACACAACAGCCAUAUGGUUCUCAGUUUGAGGGUGCACCACCUAGGCACCCACAUGCCUCGACGGCUUCCUCACCUGCUAUUCAAAAGAGUUCUACACGCAGCAGCGACAUUCAAUGCCACAAGUGCAAAGGAAGAGGUCAUAUUUCUUCGGAAUGUCCAAGCAAACGAACUAUGAUCAUCAAUGAACGAGGUGAAUGGGAGUCUGAAAGUGACCCUGAAGGUGGCAAUGAUGAAGUGGAAGAGGAGCAAGGUUGGGAAGUAGGAGGAACUAUUUUAUCUCAUGAGGAACUUGAUGGAGAAGCUUUGGUUGUAUGUCGUUCACUUAACGCCCAGGUUGUGGAGGAGGAAAAGGGGCAGCGGCAUAAUCUUUUCCACACCCGUUGCCUUGUCAACUCAAAGAUAUGUCGAGUGAUUGUUGAUAGUGGCAGCUGCAACAAUAUUGCAAGCACGGAGAUGGUCGAGAAGCUUCAAUUGCAAACAAAACGUCACCCACACCCAUACCGCAUGCAAUGGUUGAAUGAUUGUGGCGCAAUUAAGGUGAUUAGCAGCGUGCAAAUACCAAUUUCAGUUGGGACAUAUCAAGAUGAUGUUGAGUGUGAUGUGGUGCCAAUGCACGCUUGUCACUUGCUUCUUGGACGACCGUGGUUGCAUGACCGUGAUGAGUAUAAGGAUGUGUUUCCCAAGGAGGUACCACCUGGUUUGCCACCGAAGCGGGGCAUUGAGCACCAAAUCGACUUGGUUCCGGGUGCCCCACUACCAAACCGACCACCGUACCGAGCAAACCCAGAGGAGACGAAGGAAAUUCAGAGGCAAGUAGAAGAUCUUCUUAACAGAGGGUAUGUAAGGGAAAGUCUUUCUCCUUGUGUUGUUCCUAUACUUUUAGUUCCAAAGAAAGAUGGUACCAUGCGCAUGUGCACUGAUUCAAAAGGUGUGGAGGUCGAUGAAGAGAAGAUCAAGGCUAUUCGUGAGUGGAUGGCUCCACAAACUGUGAGCCAAGUACGUAGCUUCCUCGGACUUGCAGGUUUCUACCGCCGGUUCGUGAAGGAUUUCAGCACCAUUGCUGCACCCAUGAAUGAGUUACUGAAGAAAGACACUCCAUUCCAAUGGGGUGAUGCCCAAGACAAGUCCUUCCAAGAACUGAAGAUGAGAUUGACAUCAGCCCCAUUGCUUUCACUUCCUGACUUUGGUAAGACAUUUGAGAUUGAAUGUGAUGCAAGUGGUGUUGGCAUUGGUGGAGUUCUAAUGCAAGAAGGUAAACCCAUUGCCUACUUUAGUGAGAAGCUUAAUGGUCCAACUCUUAAUUAUUCCGUCUAUGAUAAAGAAUUAUAUGCACUUGUUCGAUCUUUGGAAACAUGGCAGCAUUACUUAUGGCCAAAAGAGUUUGUAAUACAUUCUGACCAUGAAUCUUUAAAACAUCUAAAGGGCCAACUCAACCUGAACCGUAGACAUGCAAAAUGGAGUGAGUUCAUAGAGUCUUUUCCUUAUAUUGUCAAGUACAAGAAAGGGAAGGAUAACGUUGUUGCCGACGCAUUAUCUAGGCGGCAUGAUGGAUUUCUAUUUCGAGCUAACAAAUUGUGCAUCCCAGAUUGUUCUGUUCGUUUGUUGCUCUUGCAGGAGGCUCACGCUGGUGGUCUCAUGGGACAUUUUGGAGCCAAGAAAACUGAAAGUGUGCUCGUUGAUCACUUCUUUUGGCCGCGAAUGAGACGUGACGUGGAGCGCUACGUGAUGAGAUGCGAGAUUUGUCACAAAGCUAAGUCCCGCUUGAACCCUCAUGGUUUAUAUACUCCUCUAUCUAUUUCGAAUACUCCGUGGGAAGACAUUUCUAUGGAUUUUGUUCUUGGUUUACCACGGACUAAGAGGGGGAGUGACUCGGUGUUUGUGGUAGUUGAUCGUUUUAGCAAAAUGGCACAUUUUAUCCCAUGUCAUAAGAGCGAUGAUGCUUCACACAUUGCUGAUCUGUUUUUCAGGGAAGUUGUGCGGCUACAUGGAGUGCCACGCACGAUUGUGUCAGACCGUGACACCAAAUUUCUGAGCUACUUUUGGAAGACCUUGUGGGGAAAACUUGGCACCAAGCUCCUAUUUUCCACGACAUGCCACCCACAAACUGAUGGACAGACUGAAGUUGUCAACCGGACGUUGUCCAUGAUGCUGCGAGCAGUCCUCAAGAAGAAUUUGAAGAUGUGGGAAGAGUGUCUACCUCAUGUGGAGUUCGCGUAUAACAGGGCGGUACAUUCGACCACUAAAUUUUGCCCAUUUGAACUUGUUUAUGGCUUCAAACCUAUUGCUCCCAUCGAUCUUUUGCCUUUGCCUUUGGUAUGGGUACACCUUCGGAAUGACCGUUUUCCUGAGCAACGCAAGUGCAAGUUGCAGCCACGCGGUGAUGGACCAUUUACGGUGCUCGAAAGGAUCAACGACAAUGCUUACAAGAUCGAUCUUCCAGAAGAAUACGCUAGUUAUCCUCAUCCAUUUAUCGAUCCUAUGCCGUGA